ACAACGUGGUCCCAAAUUAAUCAAAACACACCGCCAAACCUUCUCCGCGCUCGCGUCUCAUUUCCAGCCUCAAAUGCACCAUUCAACCCCCGACCGACCCCAGCAGACGACGCCAUAAUGCCAUCGAUCCUCGCCACGGCGGUCCAGUCAUCACUCCUCAAGGGCACCGCAAACUUCACGGCGCAGAUCGUCAACCAGCACCGGCUGCCCGGCGGCGGGCCCCCGCUCGACGUGCGUCGCGUGCUCGAGUUCGCCACUUUCGGCUUCAUCCAGGGCCACAUCAACUACUGGUGGCAGCACUUCCUCGAGGACCGCUUCCCGAACUCCGCCGCCGCCGGGGGCCGCCGGGGCCGAAAGGCCUCCAUCGUCGAGCCCCGGGUCGAAAAGCCCGAGAAGCCCGAGGGGCCGCCCCCCAAGAACUACUUCAAUGUCGCCCGCAAGAUCCUGGUCGACCAGACCAUCGGCCUGUUCAUGAUGAACUCGGCCUUCCUCAUCAUCACGUCCGCCCUGCGCCUCGGCUUCUCGCCCCUGGUCUACCAGAUCUGGAGCGAGCGCAUCUUCGACCUGAUCAAGGCGGCGUGGAAGUUUUGGCCACUGGUGGCCCUCUUUAACUUUGCACUCGUGCCCGUGGGAUACAGGGCGCUGGUCGGCAUGUGUGUUGGGUUCAUAUGGAACAUGUUUCUCACGUUUUUUCUCUUGUAACCUUGCUUGCACGCAGGCCGCUUUUCAUUUGUUGUACGAGAAAGAUCGGUUGCAUAACAGCAUGGAGUUGUUGGUCGCAUUCGGAAUGGUUGAUCCAUGAAUUCUGGCCUGCCUGGUAACACGGGGCCUAGGUAGUCAGUCGUUCUACCAUAGAAGGGGGCUGUAUAAGGAUGAGAUCUCGCCAGAAAGCCGUGAUGACUGCUCACAAGUCGCCGCGAACCGGGUUUCUCCGCAUCUUUCUCAACUGUUGCCGUCUUGCCAACCGCGAUCUGUACCGGGAUCGUGAAGUUGACUCAACGGCAUAAAUGACG